AUGUUUAGAAAAUUAUUUCGACGAUUCAGAUUUUCGACAGAUAAACAAGUAGAUUAUUACAAAUUGACCGAUCAAAUUAUGAAUGCCUAAGUUGAGAACGAAGAGUUGAAAUUAGCCAUAUAGAAAAUCAUUUUUGAUAUGAAAUCGGUGACUGAAAGGGCCUAUUAAUUUCCAUUGGUCGAACAGGUGUUAUCUUCAGUCAAAUCUCACUAUUUAUGCGCUGCUGCAGUGGAAUAAUUUGUAGGAUCUAUGUGUAUAGAUUUAAGUUUAAUUUUGGUUAGACACUCCAAAAAAUGAGCAAAUUACAUAAUUAUUUUUAUCUCAUGCAAAAAAGAAUGCUGAUAAUUGGCUUGAAAGAUAGAAUACUGAAUAUCAUUUGGCAUAUCUGAAAAAACUAGAUGCCUCACAAAAAGGAGAUCAAGCCAAAUUUGAUGAUGCAUAACACCAACUAUUAGAAUUAGCGAAUUAAGGGAAUAAACCAGCUUAGCAUUUAGUAGCCAAGGAAAUGUAUAAAGUAGCAAUGAAUAUGAUGCAAUCCAAACAAAGAAAAGAUAGAGAGAAAUUAUUAAAGGAAGCAUACAAAUUAUUUUAUGAUUGCGCAGAGAAUGAAUUCCCUCAUUCUUACUAUUACAUUGGAGAAAUGGCAGAAAGAGGUGAUACUCCUGGAGGAAUAGAUUUGAAAUUUGCACUUGAGUGUUAUUUCAUUGCUGCAGCCUAUGAAAACCCUUAGGCAUUCUUUAAAUUAGCAAAAUUGUACAUUUUUAAGUUAUUUUAUGAUUAGUCAUCGAGAGGGAAUAGUUUGCGAGAAGGAUCAAACUUUAGAAUUCCAUUACACCAAAAAAGCAGCAGAAAUGGGUCUACUGGAUGCUUAACACAAUCUAGGUGUCAUAUACAGGGAAGGCAGAAUAACAAAGAAGGAUGACUUUAAGGCUUUGGCAUGGUUUACUCAUGCUGGAAACUUGGGGUUUCCAUUAUCUUAGGUAUGAAAAUAUAGAAUAAAUUUAGUUUAAUGCUGGAAUGAUGUAUUGGGAAGGUGCAGAUAAGAUCAAAAGCAAUAAAAAGGCAGCUUUAGUUUGGUUUGAGAAGAUCCAAAAGUCAGGAAUGAUUGAUGUUUCUUAAUAAAUUAGACAAUUGGCAAAGGAGAUAGAGAAGGAAAUAGAAGAAGAAUAAUGA